UAUGUUAAUAUACUUUUUUCUUUCCACCAGUGUAGUAUUUCAAAUAAUGAAAGAAUAAUGUAAAACGUUACAUGAUAAAAUGACAGUGCAUCUCGUUAAUUUUUAUUAGGGACAAAUAUUUUUUAUUUAUUUAAAUAAUAAUGUAUAUAAAAAAAUUGUGGCGAGAUAGUCGGUGUUCAAAAAUAUUGGCAGUGACGAAUGAUUAUAAGUUGGUAUAAGUCGACCAGUUCUGUGUGAUAAUAAUCGAUAGAAAUUUUCUAAAUUUUAUUUGCUCUAACUGUUUUAUUAUAAACAUGGCUAAUUUGUUAGAUCUGUGCGAAAAAUAUUUCGGUUCACGAAAUUUUUAUGAAGUGUUAAAAAUAUCGACGGAUGCGGAUGACAAACAGGUGAAAAAAGCUUAUCACAAGCUUUCUCUGCUUGUACAUCCGGAUCGUGUAGAGGAAAACAUCAAAGCUGAAGCUACGGAGAAAUUUAAAGUUCUUGGUAGAAUUCAUUCCAUUCUUAGUGAUUCGGAAAAAAGAAAAAUCUAUAAUGAGUCUGGUCAAUAUGACGAAGAAAGUGAAGAGGUUAUUAUGCGCAACUGGGCUGAUUAUUGGAAGACCUUGUUCAAGCCGAUUACCGAAGAGACUAUCAGUAACUACGAGAAGACGUAUAAAGGUUCUGAAAUCGAAAUCAAAGAUUUAAAGAGAGCGUAUAUGGAUGGCAAAGGCGACAUGGAUUACAUUUUAGUAGUAGUACCUUUUAGUAAUUGCGAAGAAGAACCGAGAUACCAUACGAUCAUAGCUAAGUUAAUAGAAGCCGGCGAAGUACCUGAAUAUAAAGCUUUUACGGAAGAAAGCGAAAAGAAGAAAUUACGUAGGAAAAGAAAGGUUUGCAAAAAAAAACAUAAAUCAUAUAGAUUAAACAUAGAAAUAAGUAACGAGCUUCGUUAA